CUCUGGAAAAGCAGACUACCCAGGUAGUCAGGAAGGUUUCCCCAUGGCCUCCACGGCCUCUGGAGUCCAUCUGGAGAAGGAGCAAGGCAUGGGCUUCUUCCAAACCCUCCUUGUCACCCUGGUCUCCCUCCCACUCCUCAUGGCAGCCUCUCAUAACUUCCUGCAGAACUUCACAGCUGCUGUUCCCAGGCACUGGUGCCACAUCCCAGCGGGAGCCAAUGACACUACGGAGGUGACUGGAGAUCUGCUGAAGUUCUACAUUCCUAUGGACAGCAACCAGGAGCCAGAGAGGUGCUUGCAGUUCAGCACCCCACAGUGGCAGCUCCUGGCCCCCAAUAGCACCAACACCACUGAGUCCUGCCUGGAUGGCUGGGCAUAUGACAAGAGCAUCUUCAGCUCUACCAUCAUCACUGAGUGGCAUCUGGUCUGUGCCCGACAUGCCCUCAAAGAUUUUGCCCAGUCCAUCUACAUGGCAGGGGUGCUGCUGGGAGCACUGGUCUAUGGAGGCCUGGCAGACAGGCUGGGGCGCCGGACACUGCUGCUCUGGUCCCUGCUGCAGGUGGGUGUGAUGGGCACCAGCGCCGCCUUCGCCCCCAACCUGGAAGCCUACUGCACCUUCCGCUUCUUCAGGCCCAUGGAGUGGAUCCCAACCCAGUUCCGGGCCAUGGUGGCUGCCAUCCUCUCCUGCAGCCUGACUCUGGGCCAAAUGUUCCUGGCUGGACUGGCAUACGCCAUCCGUGACUGGCGCCAGCUCCAGCUGGCAUCCUCCGUGCCCUUCUUCCUCUUCUUCUUCUACAGCUGGUGGAUCCCAGAGUCUGCACGCUGGCUCAUCGUCAACCGCAGGCUUGAGAUAGCACUGAGGAACCUGCGGCGGGUAGCCUGGAUCAACGGCAAGAAGCUGGAUGGGGAGGGCAUCUCUCUGGAGGCACUGAGGCUGGAGAUGCAGCAGGAGGAAGAGAGCUCGGGGCCCUCCCGGCGCUCUGCCCUGGAGCUGUUCCGGACCGUGCCCAUGCGUGUGGUCACCUGCUGCCUCAUGCUGGUCUGGUUCGCCAAUAGCUUCUCUUUCUACCACCUGGCCCUGGACCUGCAGCGCUUCACGGGCAUCAGCAUCUUCCUGGUGCAGCUGAUCUUUGGGGCUCCCUGCCUGUCCCUGGGGGGACUCUUCAUCCUAGCCAGCAUCCCAGUGUCACAGGACAUGGAGGUGCUGCUGCUCACCCUGACUGUCCUGGGAAAAGGGCUUUUCUCCUCCUGCUCCAGCUGCUCCUACCUGUACACCGCGGAGCUCUACCCCACCAUCAUCAGGCAGACAGGGCUGGGGGUCACUAACAUGAUGGCUCGGCUGGGAGCAGUGGCAGCCCCCAUGGUGCAGAUGACCCAGGCCUUUGUUUCCUUUCUGCCCCAUGUCCUGUUUGGGGCAGUGCCCAUCACAGCUGGCAUCCUGGUCAAUUGCUUACCAGAGACCUUGGGGGUUCCACUAGCUGACACGAUGGUGCAGGUAGAGGAGAGAGCAAGAAAGAAAAAGAGCAAGAAAGAAGAACUGAAGAAAGAAGCCAGAGAAACCAAGAAAACCAAAUUCUAAACAGAGGCACUGG